GGGCCAGGUCGCGGCCCGGUGACGUCACCGAGCAGCGCCGGGGCCGUGGCUCCGGCCUGAGCAUUGGGCUUCGCUCGGCAUGGCGGACAUGGAGGAACUCUUCGGGAGCGACGCCGACACGGAACCGGAGCAAAAAGACACUGACUCCGGAUCGGACUCAGAUUCGGACCGAGAGAACACCGGCUCUGUUAGUAACAUUUCCGGUAGCGAGAGCGACCGAGAGGAUGAUCAAGAUGCUUUAAAACCCAGCAAUAAAGAGUUGUUCGGUGAAGACAGUGAGGACGACGGUGUGUCUCACCACAGCGGCAGCGACAACCAGUCCGAACGCUCCUACAUUCAUUCUGAAGGCUCGGCGCACUCUGAACACGAGGAGAACGACCAGUCCGAGAUCGAACAGCACAGUGGCUCGGAAGCUGCGCACGAUGAGGAAGACGAUGAAGAUCGCAGAUCAGAGGAAGGAAGCCGCCACUCUGAGGCGGAAGGAUCCGAGAAAGCCCAUUCCGAGGAUGAAAAAUGGGGCGGGGAGGACAAGAGCGAUCAGUCGGAGGAGGACGAGAAGCUCCAGAAUUCAGAGGACGAAGAGCAGAUUCAGCAUUCCGACGAAGAGGAGAAGAACUCUGAUGACGAAGAGAGGACCCAGAUCUCGGACCACAAGGAGAGGAUGGACCAGUCUGAUGAGGAAGAUGAGAGACCCCAAGUCUCUGACGAAGAGAAGCUUCAGAACUCGGAGGAUGAGGAGAGGCCGCGGAAUUCCGAUGAAGAAAACAUGCAGAACUCGGAGGACGAGGAUGAACGGGUGGCCCACUCGGAAGAGGAGAAGCUUCCGAAUUCAGACGACGAGAGGCCUCAGCAUUCAGAGGAUGAAGAGCGCCAUUUGUCUGAGGAGGAAGAGGAACGCGAGCACAAAUCGGAAUCGCCAAGAGGCAGCGACAGUGACGACGAUAUCCCCCAAAUGAAGAGCAAGAAGCGAAUUGCAUCAGAUUCCGAAAUGGAAAGCGAUGCGGAAGGACAAAAAAAUAACAGAGACGCCAUGGAUUUGUUUGGAGGAGCAGAUGAUAUCUCUUCAGGAAGUGACGGAGAAGACAAGCCACCAACCCCAGGGCAGCCUAUUGAUGAGAAUGGUUUGAAUGAGGAUCAGCAAGAAGAAGAACCCAUCCCUGAAACACGGAUAGAAGUAGAAAUUCCAAAAGUCAACACGGAUCUGGGAAACGACCUGUAUUUUGUAAAGCUUCCCAACUUCCUCAGUGUGGAACCCAGGCCUUUCGAUCCUCAGUAUUACGAGGAUGAAUUUGAAGACGAGGAGAUGCUGGAUGAAGAAGGCAGGACGAGAUUAAAACUGAAGGUAGAGAACACAAUACGUUGGCGAACUCGCCGAGAUGAAGAAGGUCAGGAGAUCCGAGAAAGUAAUGCACGAAUCGUCAAGUGGUCUGACGGGAGCAUGUCCUUACACUUGGGGAACGAAGUCUUCGACGUCUAUAAAGCCCCCUUGCAAGGAGACCACAACCAUCUCUUCAUCCGACAAGGGACGGGACUUCAGGGACAGGCCGUCUUCAAGACCAAAUUGACCUUCCGGCCACACUCCACAGACAGCGCCACGCACAGAAAGAUGACCCUCUCGUUGGCGGACCGAUGUUCAAAGACGCAGAAGAUCCGCAUUUUGCCCAUGGCUGGCCGCGAUCCGGAGUCGCAACGCACAGAAAUGAUUAAG